AAUUUGAUUGUGAAUUCAAGAACAUUAAUCAAUUAUCCAAAAUAUGUUUCUUUUUCAAUCGAUCAAAUCUCUUUAAUAAAAUCCACAAAUCAUCACUAAAAAAAAUAUUAUUCAUUUUAUUUCUUACAAUAACUAAAAAUUUUCAUUUCAACCAAGCACAUGUAAUAUAAAUUUCCAAUCACCAACACAAGAAAAAAAAAUUGAAUCUCUGCUGCUGCCAUGGAUUCAUCGAGUGGAAUAUCGUCGAAUUCAUCGGGGCUGCAGACUCGGCAUCGAAGGAGGAUCUGCAGCAGACGAUGGAUUUGAGGAAAAGGAAGUGGAUUUGUUGACGUCCUCGAUGCCGAUUAUGCCCUGGAGAAAGUAGAGAGCGGGGCGGAGCUGCCGCUCCACGCUGCAGGCGAGGAGGCGGAGGUCGGCGGCGUCCACGCGGGCCUCGCGGAGGAGGAAGGUGGAAGACAACAGCCGCCGACUCUCCAGAUCUGGAGCAAGAUGUCGAAGACAACACCCCACCCACCGCCGUCCGACCCCACGCCACCCACCGCCGUCCGACCCCAUCCUCUAUCGCCUGCGCCAGAUCUGCCGUUCAGUGGGCAGCUCACGGCCGCGCCAGAUCUGCCCAGCCACCAUUGUCGAGCUCCAAAAUGUCCAGAUCUGUCGAUCAUUGUCGACGAGAUCUCGUUGUUGUUGGCGAAGCUCUCCAAGUCAGAAUUGAAAGAGAGAGAUAGAAAGAGGCGCCGCGGUGGUGGUGGCUGUGCGGCGCUGCGGAGAUUGAGUGGCGGCGGAGCGGCGGGGGUGAAGCAGGAGAUGGCGGAGGCGACGAGGCGACUGAUUUCCGACGCCGAGAGAGAGAUGGAGCAAUCUCGACUCGUUGAGCGGAGGAGCUUCUGGUGGCGCGGAUUUCCGACGCCGAGAGAGAUGGUGGAGGCGGCGGCGGAGGAUGCUACGAGGGAGAGGUGGUGGCGGUAGUGAGAUAGAGAGAGAGUGACGUGAAGGU